AUGCAGGCCGGCAGGGAAUUCGACAUUGUGGUCCUCGGUCCCACAGGGUAUACCGGGAAGCUCUGCUCAGAACAUAUCGUCAAGUAUCUACCCACGAACUUGAAAUGGGCGCUAGCAGGACGAUCUCCGCAGAAGAUCGAGGGGGUUGCUGAGGGAUUGAAGAAGCUCAAUCCUGAUCGCGCCGAACCAGAGAUUCUCGCUGUCCAACUCAACAAAACCGAGUUGAAGGCUUUGGCUGAGAGAACCAAGGUCCUUAUCAACGCUGUUGGCCCGUACCAUUUAUACUCUACACCGGUGGUUGAGGCGUGCGCUCUUACCGGGACUCAUUACCUUGAUGCAACUGGAGAAACCCCUUGGGUCAAGCAGACGAUUGAAAAGUACCACGAGACCGCCAAGUCAAAUGGUGCUAUUAUUAUCCAUUCUGUCGGAGUAGAAAGUGCUCCCGCAGAUAUGCUGGCCUGGGGCGUCGUGAAGGAAGUUCGCGAGAAACUAUCCUGCCAUACACGGGAAAUUACCGGUGCAAUCUAUGACUUCAAAUCGUCCGGCGCAAGCGGUGGUACCCUCAGCACCAUUCUCACGUGUAUCGAGAACUUCUCAAAAGCCCACCUCCUCGCCUCAACAAAGCCUUUCUCCCUCGCAGCUUCUACACCAACACCAAACAUUCCCCCCGAGCCCAUCAUGGCACGGGUCCUGGGUGUCCGAACCAUCCGCGACUUAGGCACGCUCACCAAGUCUCCAACAGAUUUCUGCGACAUCACCACCGUCCACCGAAGCAGCACGCUGAUGCGCGAAUUCUACGGGCCGCGUUUCUACUUCCGCCAAUUCCUGCGUGUCCGCAACACCUUGGUUGGAAUUCUCUUCCGCUUCGCAUUUCUCUUCGGGACGUCCUUCUUGCUCUUUGCCCCUGUCCGCUGGCUGGUGAAGAAGGUCAUCUACGCCCCCGGUAGCGGACCAACCGAGGAGAGCGGCCGGAAUGACCGCUGCGAGUACCGUGCGAUUGCGACGCCGGACCAGAACACGUCCAAGCGUGUCCUUGGUAAGCUGAAGUUCGAGGGGUCGAUGUACAUCUUCACGGGCUUGUUGCUGGCUGAAGCGGCGAUGGUGAUUGUGGAGAAUGAGGAGAAGGUCAAGAGGGUCUCUCGAGGCGGUAUUGUUACCUCGGCCGUCUUAGGGCAGGAAUAUCUUGAUCGGCUGGAGAAGGUUGGAUGCACAGUUGAGACGCAGGUGCUGGACAAUUGA